AUGGAUAAAGUGCCUGUUAAAAUAGUGCCAUGCUCAUGCAAGAUGGCAUACAUCACAGAUGAAGGAGUUUCAUACUUUAUACUUGAAUUUACUUUUGAGUCGGAUUUGAAGAUGAACUUGGUGUACUUUGCCAUUGAUAGCCAGUCGAUUUCUAUUACUAUACAAUGUUUUAUCACUGAUAAUACAAUGGUUUUGGAAGAGCUUUAUGGGAAUGAGAUAAAUGUUUCCAUUCCCAUUCCAUGGUUGCCAAAUGGAUUCGUGUUUCCAUUAUAUUCCAUUCCAUGGUUGAAUAUAUCUACCCAGUUCUCUUACUUCCUACUACUCUUCACAAUUUACGUUUUGAUUCAUCUGGAUAGACCUCAGAAGAGUUAUACACUGAAACAAGUGGCUUGGUAUGGUUUUCGUUGGGUCCUUAGUGUUUGGUUAUAUGGGAAGUGCAAAAGAAGAACCACAGAUAAAUUCGGUGUCGAUGUCGAUUUCAUCAUCAUCGUUAAGGCUGAUAACAUAUUUAAGGAGUUUAUUUUGCGUGAGCUUAGUGCAGUUGUUGGUGCUAUCACAGUCGUGUGUCUCAUGGUUUGUGUUGCAUAA